CUAGUGCGCUGACUGUAAACAAACACGAGCGCACGUGUGCCAAAUGCGCGAGCGCCUUGCACGCGCAAGCGCAGUGGUGCGCGCGCACGCAGUCCAGAACCCGCUCGGCGGUCUCGGGCGCAAUCAGUGGAUGAUUCUCGAUCGGGCGACGAGCGGAAAUCCUCAUCUUCAUUGUCAUCUUCUUCCUCUGCCAUGAAGACUGCAUUCAGCUCAUCGUACUCUGUGUGCGUCAUCUGCAACCUGCAGAUGACGUCGGCUGCGCAGGCGCAGCUACAUCUUACCGCUCGCUCGCACCUGCGCAGGCUGAGGAACAUCAAGGCGCAAGCACCAGGGAGCGGGCCACCUACGCUCUUCCCCCAAGCGUUAAGACUGCCGACAGCCAAUCACAACAGCGCCCCCCUCAGCUCUAACUCUGGAGGAAACCGGAGUACCCGCAGAAAAGCCACACAGGCACGUGGAGAACAUGCAAACUCCACACAGGCGAGGCCGGAUUUGAACCCAGGUCCUCAGAACUAUGAGGCAGAUGUGCUAACCAGUCGCCCACCAUGCCACCUGUUAAUAAAUCCUUUUUCAAAUUUUUGACUAACUUCUCCAAAU